AUUUAACUUGGAUGACAUUUUUAUUUCAUCAUUAGCAUCAGACGCCAGACUGACUGACACGGUGGACCCAGUUUGCGUUUUGACGAAAGAGCCCGGAGUGAGACAUCUCCAUGUUUCUACAUGAUUUUUUUUCGCUAAAACAUUUGAUUUGAUUAUUGUUCUAGCCUAGAAGGACGCGUGUUUUGACGCUCUCUCCAGUUGUGAAAACCGAGUCUCCUGCGUUAAAUCGUUGAGAAGAAUAAAACAGGGACUCCUCGCAGCCUGGAUAUCGACUGUCUGUAAGUCAGCCUUGCGUUUUUCUCUUUUGAUUCCUGCUUCCGUGGUCCUCUGCGUUCAGACCACAAAUACAGCGAUGCCAGAGACAACGCAAGAGACGUGCGCUUCGGCCAAGGACUCUCCUUUCUUUAUUAAGAACCUGCUGAACUGUGAUAGCAAACCGUCCAAACCCAAGCCCGUACUGACUGCCUCUAAGGUGGCCUUGGAGGGAGGAUUUUCCCUUUCCCAGGUCGGAGACUUCAACUUUCCCCGCUUCGACCUGUCGGCACAGAGGUUCAGUCUGCCGGCUCACUACCUGGAGCGCACCUCGGCGUGGUGGUACCCUUACGCACUCAGCCAAUCUGCCCACCUACACAGAGCCGAAGUCUUAAACAAACUCGGAGCCAGAGACUGCUCUCCCACCUCGGGCACUGACAGAGACUCGCCGGACCUGGUUCUAAAAUCCGAGCCGGAUGUCAAAGACGACGACGAUGAGAGUGAGCACAACAACAACAAAAGUGGCGACGAGAUAAUCCUGGAGGAGAGCGACACGGAGGAAGCCAAAAAAGACGAGCUGGAGGAGUGGAAGAAGAGGGACGACGACAAGAAGCCGUGCCGUAAGAAGAAGACGCGCACGGUGUUUUCCCGGAGCCAGGUGUUCCAGCUGGAGUCCACCUUCGACAUGAAGCGGUACCUGAGCAGCUCGGAACGGGCCGGCCUGGCCGCGUCUCUGCACCUGACGGAGACCCAGGUGAAGAUCUGGUUCCAGAACAGGAGGAACAAGUGGAAGAGGCAGCUGGCCGCGGAGCUGGAGGCCGCCAACCUGAGCCACGCAGCGGCGCAGAGGAUAGUCCGUGUGCCCAUCCUGUACCACGAGAACUCGGUCUCAGAGAGCGGGGCUGGCGUGCCCGUGAGCCAGCCGCUGCUCACCUUCCCACACCCCGGGGUCUACUACUCCCAUCCCAUGCUCACCUCCAUGCCGCUGCUCAGACCGGUCUGAAAAGACAAGCGUUUUCAAAAUCAACCGAAAAGUUAAAAAAAAAAAAAAAACUAAUAUUUUUCUACUGACUGAAUGAAGAAAAUCACAAAG